UGGCCGUUGCCCGUAACGAUACUUGAAAUUCAAAUAAAAUUGACGCUAGGUAAAGCUAACUUGUGAAAAAUCGUGCUACGGAUAAUCGUGCUGCCUUUAUAUAUUAAUUUUGUGUAACAAAGGCCUAUAAUUACGAAAUAAGAAAAUGCAGUUCAGUGCAAUUUUAUAAAUAUACAUUUUGAAAGCUUAUGUUUUGUGAAAAUGUCUGACACCGAUGAGGAAUUAGUGCCAAACAGUUUUCAAAAAUAUCCUCAUGACAAAAUCGCUGUUCAUACCCAGUUAUCUAAUGCAAAUAAAACAACCUACGGCUCAUACAAUAGCAUGAUGACACACUACAACAUGCAAAACCAAUUCAUGGGCUUAGACCAAAGGAGCAUGUAUCCUAGGAGAGCAACAUCCCCUAUGUCUGUUUGUAGUUUCCCCAAUACGAGAAUGCAAUUACAGCAGUCGUAUUCUCAGAGUGCCAUGAGCUCUAGGGGAUCAGUGUACAAUGCAAGAUGUCGAUCACCCAUGUCAGUUAGAAGUAUUGACUCCAAUGCUAGUGUUAGUGCUGCAGAUAUAGCAUUGGCUUUCAAAAAUAUUAAAUUCAAUAAAUAUGAUUUACGAAUAAUACAGGAUGCUUACAAUACUCAUAUGAAAAAUCGUAUGCGGAGAAGAAUUGGAAAAAGGCGGAAUUUAAAAUCAUUCAUUAAACACUGCAGAAGAAAUUCAGGUGGUGAGUCAGGGGCUGAAGGAAGUAACUCGUCUAUAAGCAGUGAUGAUUGUAGGUCAACUCGAUCAGCAUUUUAUACAAAUAAUCUAUCAAGAGCCAGAAGCAGGCCCACAAAAAUGGAUUUUAACAAAAUUACAACACAAGUGAGAGAAAAUCACAUUUAUAAAGACUGUACAGAAAACUUUAAAACUAAUUCUUUAAGGAAUCUUUUUCCUGCCCAUGACAGAAUUGUUAAUCGUGGUAUUAUGCCUUAUUGUAACCAACAAAGUGUUUCGUAUGACCAUAGAUACACUGAAGUACCACAACAUAAUGAUCAAUGCAAAAAACUUCAAAAUGAACCUAUUGUUACCCUAAAAGAUCGUUUAGCAAAAGAUGCUUCUUCACUUCUGCCAUUUCAAAGAUUUAAUAAAUCUGGUGUGAAUCCAACUUAUGAAAUUUCGUACACCGAAAAAAAGAAAACGGUCCAACAAACAGUGCAGAUAGAAGUUGCAAAUAACAAAAGAUAUGAUGAAACUGAUAUUGAAAGUGAUGACAUUUUUCCACAAAGUAUUAGUUGUAUAAAUUUGACACAAUCAAAUAGCUUACAGCAAAAAAAGGUCCUUGAAACCGAGAGCAACUAUCCUGAAAGGAAGAGAAGAAAAUUAUCAACAUCACCUACAAAUCAAAUAAAUGGACCUACUUCAAGAAAAAUAAAAAAAAAUAUUACAAAAGUUGAUGAAUUUAAAUUUAAGAAACCUCAAUUACCAAUGAAAAAAACUGGUCUUGUUAUCAAAAGCAAUGAACCAGAAAUAUUGAUUGCAAAGUCAUCUCAGCCUCUAGUUGGUAACUUAGAGCCUAUUAAAUGGAAGGAAAUGCCACAAAAAAUUAUUAAUGUAGAAGAUAAAGAAGACACCAGUAAUUUAGAAAAACAAGCAUCUCAGACUCAAAAUGACACAAUGAAUAACAAAACUGUAACUGACAUUUCACACAACUCCACUGAUGUUUCAAUGAAACCUAGUUUGAUGAAAAGAAAACUUUUCACCCAAAAACUGGAUAUAGUUGAAAAUAAGAAUAUCAUUAGUGAUAAUAUAAAUAGUCCCCAAACAAAGGUGCUAAGGGCAUGCCGGGAGAAAAAUAAAGUAAGAAAACUUACAUCACAGUCGUGUUUGAGCCGCGAUGUUCACGGCGAUGAUAAUUUUCUCGAUUUAUUACAUAAAAUUGUACCCCCUGAUCAGAUUAAGAAUCAAAAUCUCAACAAUACGAAUGUAGCAAAUAAUAAGCGAGCCAGUAAAAGAAGCUUGGAACAGAACAGCAAAUGGGAUGUCACUUUAGCAGUUUCUACUUGCAAUGACGAUGAUAAAAGUGCUACUUACACUGAUGAAGAAAUAUUUAAUGACCCACAAGGAACCAAAAAACUAAAGGAACAACAAAUAAAUAAAGCACAGAUUGGAACAGAAUUCAACAGUGAUGAUUUACAAAAGAAAAAAAAUGGAGUCACAUUAAAGUGUAAAGUAGUAGCACAGAUAUUGCCAGACACUUUUAAUUCAAUGAAUUACAACGCUGAACUGAGAGAAAAACAGUGUCAAGACAAGAGAACAGUAAUGAAUUGUGUAAAAUCAUUUUGGGAUACAGACUUUGAAAGUGACAUGGAUGAUCGGAUAAGUUAUACUUCAAAAAGGACAUUUGAAAAUGACAAAAUUCCAAGAGACUUUAUCCAAGGGAAUGACGUAAUUGUCACCAAGAUGAAACCUCGAGGCACUCUUUUGUCUGUAAGAAAUUCUCGAAACCUUAGUAUUAACCAGAGCGCGAAAUCAAAUGUAAGCCAAAAUCCAAAAGUUAAAAGCCAUAAGGAUAAUCUAAAUGAAAAUAAAGAGAAUAAUAAUGACAUUAAUGAGCUGAAUCGAAGUACUCGAUCACGCUCGAAAAAUAAAGAAGCAGAAAUGCAUCACUCAAAAGACAAAAAGAGUGUCAAUAAUAAACUUAAAGAAAACCAAACCAAACAACAAAUAACAAAAAAUCUAAAAAGUAGCAAACAGGAAAAACUUAAACCAAAACCACCUUCCAGUACAAAGAAAAAAGAUUCUCAAUCAAUAUUUAAUAUAUCAAGAGAAAGCCUGAGGCCAAAAAACAAAAGUAACACCAGCAUCUCACCUCCUAAGACAAACCGCAAUAUUAAAUCUGUAUCUAAUAACUGCAACACAUCUAGGGAAAGUAUAAGACUUAAGCAGAAAAGGGAAGCAAAGAUAAAUUGUAAAAACAAUGUUUCUAAAAACAAAAAAAAGUAAAUUUUAAGAUUAAAGUGGCCAUUGGAUAUAACAAUAGUAAUAAAUAUUUAUUAUUUUAUAAGAACUUCCACUUGUUAUACAUUAUAGCAUCAUAUAAACAAAUGUAUAGUAUAUCUAUGUCAAGAAGACUAUUCUGGUUUGGUUGUAGUAGUGCAGUGUACUACCAACUUGUGUAUUUGUGUGUGUAAAGUUAAAUUAAUUGAAAUAAAUGAUUUUAUUGUUAAAUAAAUUUA